AAAACAAAACUUAUUGUCCUUUCGAGAUUGUACCUUGAGGGAUUUUGGUUGUAUGCUUACUUUUGACUGUAUGUGCAAUGCGCAUAUAAUAAAAUGGCAGAAUCCAGUAUUCCAGUUGCUAAAGGCCAGUUCAACUGUUCAAUCUGUCUGGAUCUACUGAAGAAUCCAGUGACCAUUCCCUGUGGACAUUGUUACUGUAUGAACUGUAUUACAGGUUACUGGGAUCAGGACGAUCAGAAGGGAGUUUACAGCUGUCCUCAGUGCAGACAGACCUUCACUCCAAGACCUGUUUUAGGUAAAAACACCAUGCUGGCUGAAGUGGUGGAGAAUCUGAGGAAGAGAAAAUUAGAAGCUGCUCAACUUGAUCACUGUUAUGCUGAACCUGGAGAUGUGGAGUGUGAUGUCUGUACUGGGGAGAAAAACAAAGCCAUCAAGUCCUGUCUGGUGUGUCUGGAAUCUUACUGUCAGGAUCAUUUUGAGCAUCAUGAAGAAUUUCACUCGAAAAAGCGACACAAAAUGACUGAUGCCACUGGACAACUGAGGGAGAUGAUCUGCACUCUACAUGAUAGGCUGUUAGAAAUGUACUGUCGCACUGAUCAGUGCUGUGUAUGCAUGCUAUGUAUGCUGGAUGAACACAAAAAGCAUGAAACCGUAUCACCUGCUGACGAGAGGACUGAGAAACAGAAACUCUUGGAAGAGACCCAGAAAACAUUCCAGCAGAAAAUCCAGGAGAAAGAGACAGAGCUUGAGGAGCUGAGAGAGUCUGUAGAGUCUCACAAGCGCUCUGCACAGACAGCAGUGGAGGACACUGAGAGGAUCUUUACUGAGCUGAUCCGCUCCAUUGAGAGAAGCCGCUCUGAGGUGACACAGCUGAUCAGAGAUCAGGAAAAGGUUCUUGUAAAUCAAGCUGAAGGACUCUUUGAGCGACUGAGGCAGGAGAUCGAUGAUCUGAAGAGGAGAGAUACUGAGCUGGAGAAGUUUUCACACACUGGUCACAUCCACUUCCUCAAGAGUUUCCAGUCUUACAAUGUCCCUCCUGCACCUGAGAAAUUAUCUAGAAUCGCUGUCAGUUCUUGUCUCUCUUUUGACAAUUUGACCGUUUUUUUAAAUCAAUUGGAAGAGAAAAGUCAGCAUGUUUUUAAAGAAGAGGAAGAAAAAAUACUUAGGAAAGUGCGAUAUAUAGAGAUGAUUCCCACUCCUGAAUAUGAAAGCAGGAACGAGUUUCUACAACAUUACCAGCGGAUCACUUUGGAUUGGGAGACAGCUCAUAAUUACCUCGAACUGUCAGAGCGGAACAGAGUGGUUACUAACAUGAGGGAAGACCAGUCACAUCGUGAUCAUUCAGAUAGAUUUGAUCAUUUUUAUCAGGUGUUGAGUAGAAACAGUUUGAAUGGACGUUGUUAUUGGGAGGUUGAGAGGAAAGGUUCUGUCUAUAUAUCAGUGUCAUAUGAGAGCAUCAGCAGGAAGGGACGGGGUCGAAAAUGUGACUUUGGAUCUUAUUAUUGUUCCUGGAGUUUGUCCUGCUCUAACUACAGUUGUUCAUUCUUGCACAGUGGCUGUAGUAUUACACUCCCUGUAGUCUCCAGCGCCUCUAGAAUAGGAGUGUAUGUGGAUCACAGUGCAGGAACUUUGUCCUUCUACAGUGUCUCUGACACAAUGACCCUCAUUCACAGAGUACACACCACAUUCACUCAACCUCUCUAUGCUGGGUUUUGGGUUUACUAUGAUGCGCAAGUAGAGUUGUGUGAUCCAGUAUCUUCACUAGAUUCUGACUAAAUAUAUCAUGGGUGAGCAAGCUUUUUUUUCUUUUUUUCUCUCUCCUCGUAAACA